AUGAGACAAAAACAAGUUGUUGUUGCAUUCCCUCAAAAAGGAGCAGCACUAAGUAGUCGUGACCAUUAUCAUCGUAAUUAUCUUCAACAUUAUCAUCUACAUCACCACCAUCAUCAUUAUCACCAUCAUCACAAUCAAUUGCACAGAAAACGUAAAACGAGUCAUUGUCGAUUAACAAGGACAAAUAGUGUACGUAGUGAUACAACAUACAAAACUAGAAACAGUGUAAAUAGUAACAAUAAUAACAGUCGUUGUUCACGAUUAUUAAAGCAUUGCGUUGAGUGGUUUUGUAACAAAAUAGGUUCGACACAGAGUCAUCAUCAUCCACAUCACCCUACAUCCACCGCAGCAAAUACAUCACCACCAUCAAUUGGUGGGAGCACCAAUACUGGUCUACACAAUGAAUUUGAAACGAUUGCUGAUGCACAGGAAGCAUUGUGGUUUGUCAGAGAAAAUAUUGAGAAGAAAAAAAGGGUAGGGGAAUCCAGUAAUCCAAAAGAAGCACGACGGUCAAUACGUGAUCCGACCAAAGAACGAACCUACACAAAAUAUCCAUCUGAAAUUGAUUUAUUCCAAUAUCGUCGUCAACAACAGCUCUAUCAAAAUAAUAAUCAAUACCAAUCAUCGACUGUUGAUUACCAAUAUAUUGAUCAUCAUCACGAUUCUGUUGAUUAUUAUAAUCACUCAUUAUUACCAAUAUGCUCCGGGAAUAAUGGUAGUGUCUUAAAUGGUCCAAUAUCGGGUCGAACUAGUCAAAAUGGUGGAAGUACAACAACGGGACGUGCAACAUUAAGACGUUCUAGAUCGUUGGCUGUAACACGUGAAGAUAUUUACACAGAUUUAAAAAAUCAAAAUUUACGCACACAAAAACAAUUAGAAUCAACAGCUGCCUCAUCAACUUCGGGAAAAAAUCGCCGUUCGCAAUUAAUACCACGUGCACGGUUGAUCGACAAAGGAUCGUUUAAGGAAAGGCCCACAUACCAAAACUUAGAACGCAGCACAAUAAAACGAGCAUCUUGUCGCAGUAACAGUGUUACCGAUUACUAUCAAGGUGUAAACGAAAAUCAUAUCAUACCUGUUCCACAAAAAUUGGAAAAAUUACAAACAGUAUUGAGUUCUUGGCCAGAAACCCAUAAUAUUAUACAAACAUAUCCUCAAAUCAAUAAAAAGGAAGCACAAAUAUUAGAUUCGAAUAGCACUACAAAUGAUACCAGUAGUAAUAACGAAUUUGAUGACCAAGACGAUUAUAUUAAUCACGGUAAUAAUACUUCAACGCAUGCACUGAUUGCUGGUCGAAAAUCACAUAAUCCAAGUGAGAUCGAUAGUUUAGAUUCGAAUUUCCAAAAUAAAAGUAGUACAAGUUACAUUUGCGUGGAUGAAGAUCAGUAUAACGACUCAUCAGAUGAAUUAGAAAAACCUGGCAAUAAUUUAGGUUUACCGUUGCCAAAUUACUAUCCUGAUUCUGUUUACGAUACCGAUUUAUCACUCACACAUUGUCAUAAUUCAACAUUUGAUUUAGAUGAACCACCUGCUCAGCAUACUGAACGUGUAUUACCAGAAAUAAACGUAACAUCUUACGACAGUGCUGGAGAGAAAGAAGCAAAUAUUGACGAAGAAUUUGAAGUAACGUCUAAGGCAUAUCAAACAGAUUCAUCAACAUUAACUAUUUCCGACGAGUUUAACUCAUUUGUAGAAAUUCCAUUAAAUAACGAGCCACCCAAGGAAUUAGUUUAUACUCAAUUAGAAUUUAAACCAAAAGUUGUUGGAACUGAAGUGAAAAAACCUAUUGAGCAAACUUACGAUCAGUUACAACCUAAAAAAUCGGAACCCCCACACAAUAAAAUUAAGAACUUUAUAAAUAAAAAUAUUAUAUCAGUGUUUCAUUCCGAACAAUCAACUAAGCGGAAUAAAACGGACGAUACACCACGCGCAAGCGCUUCAGAAAACCAGUAUUAUUCUUUACCUGACGUCACAAUCUGUAAAAGUCUACGUAAGUGUGCCCGUAUUGAUGCGAAAUUACGACAAAUAGACAGUACGGAAAAUCGUUUUGUUGUAAAUAUUGGUCCACAAAUUAUUGACACUGAAGAAGAAAUUAGUUCUGUAAGUGUACAACCAGAGGAGCAACAACAUCAAGUACUUUCAGUACCAAUUGAAAUUGCAACUAAGUGUAAAAUAUCAACGGAGAAAUUAGACGGACAAUCAGGUGCAUCAUCGUUGGAUAUUAAUUUAGAUACUUUCCACGAUGAAAUUAACGUGAAUUCGUUAAUUAACGCUAAUAAUACAGAUAAAGUUACGAUUCAAGUUGCAGGAAGCAAUACUGAAGAGAACAAAGAUAACGAUAAUCAAGUUCAGGAAACACAUCAUAUUGAAGAAACACCCAGUGAAAUUUCAAUAGCUGAAGAAAAUCAAUUUAAAAAAUUGCGAGGUAAAUCUAAAAAUCAAGAUAGUUUUAAAUUAUAUUGUGCACGCAGUGAAAUUAAAGUAAAUUCCGAGGAUAAGAAACCAAAUGAAUCUGGCAAAACGAAUGAUAAGAAUUGUGCAAUGCCCCGUCCACAAAUUAUAAAUAUUAUUAAAGACGCCAAACAGUCGCCUAUACAUCACAAUUCGGUCGUAACCCUUAGCAACGACACACUAAAAAAUACAUAUAGUAACAUUAUUGAAAAUAAUAAUACUACUAACCCUGUAACACAUAAACAAGACAACGUUACUAUUGUAGAAUCAUCUCCGACGCCAAUUGCCUCUUCCUCAUCACCACAGGAAUAUGAAGAGAAAGUAAAUACAGUUAAAACUUACUGGGAUAAAAUGAUUGAUAAAUGUGACGUAGAUACGAAAAAAAUGGGACAAACAGAAUCAUCAACAAAACCAAAAAUUACACAAGAAAUUCCAAAAAAAGUUGAGGAGCCAAACGUAAAAAUUAUCGAAUGUAAUUUACCGAAAAAAAUUGAAGUACCAACAAUUAACAUAGAAAAUGUACGAAAAAUAUUUGAAUCAAAUGGAUCAAAUGAAGAACCAGUAGAGCAAACACCAACCGUUAGUCAGGUCGAACAAUGUCGAAAGUUAUUCGAACCAACUCCAGAAAUCGAUCAAUCAGCGGAAGAUUCACGAAUGGGAGCAUUCGUUAAAGAAUCAUGUUCAUUUUUUGAAAAAGCUUACGGUACUCUCAAAAAAUCGCUAACUCGUGUAAAUGAAUCUGAAGAAACUUGCGAGGACAAAGAAAAUUACUAUGAUAGUAUUAAUUAUAACUUAGAAAUAGUGGAUACUAAUGAAAAAAAUAAUGAAGAAAAGUCUGAAUCAAAAGAAAAACCAAAGGAACAUGUUAUUGUGCGUCGUACUAAAAGCGCUGAAGAAGAACAAGAAUUCGAUCAUAUUCGUUACAAGGUAAUGAAAUCGAAUCUAUUCCAGAAAAGUAUUUACAGUACAAGUAAAAAGGAAGCUCAAUUUGAUGGACUUCUACAAUAUUUACAAGAUUACAGUUUUCAAGAAUUACUUGUUAACAAUAAUGUUGUAAUUAUUGAGCCAGUUCGAACAAAAUUUGAGCGUGAUGAAUCGAAAGCUAAUCAAACAAAAAUAUCACGUCCGGCUAGUACAAAUUCUUUGCCACAUCGAAAAAUAUCAAUUGUUAAUGAAUCAGCACAAAAAGAUGAUGAUGACAAACAGAAAAAAAGUAACUUAAAGAAACAUUUCUUCUAUCAUCCAAUUCGAGUAAAUCGUGAGCUAAUUGAAGAAGAACUUCCAGAUCCAGAAACUGUACGUAAAGUACGCACAUUUUUCGAAAAAGAAUUUGGUGAUGAAUCAACAAUAGCUAAGAAAUUAACAAAAUCACAAAGUACGAAAAAUCUAUCUGAGACAAAGCCAAAACCUCGAAAACGUAUUUUACGUUACUUAACAGUUGAUACUAAUUAUGGUAACAAAUGGGAUUCAGGGAGUUUAUCCAGUGGUGUUUCAAGUGGUGGAUCUGAAUUAUGCUGUGAUGAAUUAUCACCGAAAUCGAAUGAUAAUCUUUUUUCAAGUGAGGAAAAUGUUUGUGAUCCAGAUUUACAGUAUGAUGCAAGUGUUAGUCAAGAUGUUUUAAAAAAAAUUCGUGAAUGUGGUACUACAAUUACAUAUUAUGGGGGUAAAGUUGUAAAUGCUCAAAAUGGACCUUUAUCAAGUCCGAUGAAAUCAAUAAUGGAUGAAAUUAAACAGAAUAACAAGAGCACGAAAAAGCAAGGCCGAACAUCUACUUUAGAAAUUAAAAAGCGUCAACAAGUGCCCUCUUCAAUCACAGAGAUUACUACUUCGAAAACUGAUGAUAAUGAAAUAAAUUCACCAUAUCAAGGUAUUAGAUUUAAGCUAGUUAAGUCAAACAGUUGUUCGAGUCGUUUGGAAUUAAUUGGAGCUACAACAAAUGAAAAACCGUCAAAAUAUUUACAAAAACGUAAAAGUUGUAACGAUGUUAAACCACUAGCAAAUAAAGAAACUGAUAGUUUUAAAUCAACUGAAUUUAUUGAAAAAACACAACAAAACAAAAUUAAUGAAAAUAAUAAUAAUAAUAAGCCAUUAUCGAAAAAUUUAAAUCAACUAAAAGAAUUUUCCCCGCCAAAUCCAAACACAAAAUUUGGGGAAAUGAUUUUUGAAGAAUUUGAAGUUGCAGAAAGUUUAAAACCAGAGAAAUAAUUGAAU